GUAAACCACUCUUUCUUUAUUAAUUCGAUACCACUCAUUUGUUGUUGUUGUUGUUGUUGCGCUGUUCGUGUUCGGUCGCUGAGUCUAAGCUCUGUAUUUUCCCUCUUCUUUUCACCAUUAGUAUUUAGUAAAUUCAUCUGUCUCGUGACGCGGAUCGCUGCAGUUUCUCAUCGGUACUGCUGAGCACGUACCACUCCGUUGUAGAGCAUCGAUACAUACACACGCACAAAGAAGAAAAAACUCAUCUUACGCAAGUAGAACUGUUUUACUGUGUUCGCUGAUUUCCUUUUCUUUUUUAUGAUUGUACGUGUGUGCGUGUCUUGUGCGCAGGCCUCUUUCUUUCCUCGCAGCGUUGUGACUGACAUUUCCCGUUCCUUUUCCUUUGCCUCCCCUCCCUCUCAAAAGAACAAACAAAAAAACCUUUUUGUGUUUCAGCGACGUAAGUAUUUAGAAAGGCAUUGGAGUUCGUUUCUCUUUUCUGGUUUGUUGGUUUGUUUGUGUCGCAAGUAGAAGUCGUUGUAGAGCUCCCCUUUUCAUUCACACACACACACACACAUCUAGCGAGGGAUCUUAUAGGUUUUCUCUUUCCUUUGACUUCACUUGUUCGUUUGCUAGUUUGUUGUCGUUCCAACUCGCGUCUUCUGUUUUAUUUAAUUACUAUUACCCGCCCUUGUUUUUUCUCCUUGUUUUUUUUUUUCGUUGACAACAGUGUAGGGCACAUGUUUCUUCUAUUUUUUGCCGUUGUUGUUACUUAGUUCUUUUAAAACAGCACGUAAUUAAAGUGUCGCGUUGACACCGCACUCAGCAGGUGUCCUUGUCGUUGUCGUCUCGUGGUAUUACUGAUUUUUUAUUAUUUUUUUUAUAGCUCUUCGUUCUACAUCUCAUGCGUAACCACAACAGCCUGCACCUUCUUCUCCAACACUAGGUCAUUGCAUCCUGUUGUUAUUAUUAUUGUAGUGUGGAAGCUCGCAUCCGUACAUUCACAUAUCUGCGCUUUCUUGUAUUGGUUCCUCUCAUUGUUUUUAUUAAUCUUAUUGUCCUUAUUGCGGUGUUGUCGUCCUUCGCUUGUUUGCUCUGAUACACCGCACAAGGGGAAGUCGAGAACCAUGUCGCAUCCGAUUGUGCGUGCCAUGACGAACCUCGGCGGUCUGCCGAGCUACUUCCUCGGCGACGUUGCCGAGUGGAUCUUCACGGACUACUUUGAUGUUAUGGUGUACUUCGAGGUGCUCUACGUCCUGAUGGUCUUCCUCGGUCCGAAGGCGAUGGAGAACCGUGAGCCAUACCAGCUGAAGGCUCUCGUCGCGGUGUGGAACCUCUUUCUCUCGCUCUUCUCCUUCUGUGGCACCGUGGGUGUCGGGACGCUGUUGAUCUUCUUGCUGCAAGACCGUGGUAUGUACGAGACGACGUGCUGGUUUGACAAGAACUACGUGUACGACGGCGAGCUCUCCUUCUGGCUGAUGGCCUUCCUGCUAAGCAAGAUCCCUGAGAUGGUCGACACCCUCUUUCUCGUCCUCACCAAGAAGCCGAUCAUCUUUCUGCACUGGUACCACCACCUCACCGUAGCGGUCUUCUGCUGGUACGCCGGUCUGUCUCUGAUUCCGAGUGGGUUGUGGUUCGCCGGCAUGAACUACGCCGUGCACUCCAUCAUGUACUUGUACUACUUCCUCUGCUCUCUCGGUUUGCGGAGGUUUAUUCGGCCCGUCGCGCCUCUCAUCACCGGGGCGCAGCUGCUGCAGAUGGUGAUCGGCACGGCCGUCGUGCUCUACACCUUCUAUUACAGCUACUUCACAGAGGAGGGCUGCGGGGUGGACCGCCGCACGAUUCGCAUGGGGCUUGGCAUGUACGGCAGCUACUUUGCGCUCUUUGCGACUCUGUUUAUUCACCUCUACAUGAGUAAGGGUGCAGCGAGGAAGAAGGCUGCCGCCGCAGCUAUUGGGGAGGCGGGAAGGCGGAACGGCUCCGCCAAGGCGGUGAGCAACGGCCAUGGUGAAGACAAGAAGAAGAAGUAAAAGUAGAACACAUAGAGAGAGAGGUUAUAUACUCUAGUUGUGGGGAAGAGAGACGGAGAUGGAAUGUGGUGGUGGCGCAACGGGCGGCAACACGAACGCAAGGACGCAGGUGGAGCGCUGAUGAUGCUUUCUCGUUAUCACGAUCAAAGCUUUCUCGCUGUUUUGUUGUUGUUGUCUUUUGCGGAGCGGAUCUGAUUUGAUCCCCCUUCUCAAGGCGGCACCGCAUUUUUCUUUUCCGAUCAUCCCAUCAUACAAAGACUUGUUGCUGUCCUUCAGUCCUCGCUGUCGACCUUUGUUGGGGUUGCGGAAGAAGAGGGAAGAGAAGCCCCUCUACUGGGGCGGCUGUCAAACUCGUUGUGGUUGUUGUUUGUUGAUCUCUUCCUUGUCAUGGGGGGAGGAGCGCUCUAUACGGAUGGUCCUGUCAGCGUACAGAUCGUGGGCGUUGUUGGUUUCUUUGUCGUUGUCGCGGGACACGGCUGUUUCGUUUGUAUCGUAGUAUCUCCAUGAAGGUCGCCUCUUUUUUUCUUCUUCUUCCCUCCCACCAUUUCGGUAACAUAAGCUUUCCUCUUCUUAAAGUAACAGCAGAUGAAAGAAACAAAAGAAAAUCAGUAAUUCACGUGGAUGACUCUGACGAGUGAUGGAGGCCUAUUAAAGGUGUUUGGC